UAUACAUACACGUACCUACAUAAUCGGUUACAGCUUAACGACGUUUAAAUAAAGCUUAGGAAGUUGUUGAAGAGUGCUUUUGUAUUAGAAUCAGACUUCAAGAUCAUUUCGAGAUGGAGAGCAAUUUAUGUGAAGUCGUAAAAAAGUAUAAAUGCUCAGUCUGUGACUGCCUUUUAUCCAUCCUGCCUAUCAGUAUUGCAAAUGUGGAUGGUAAAAAUGAUAAUGAAUUAUAUAAGUGUGGCAGGUGCCACAGAAUUAACUGCGAGGAGUACAGCUGGACUCGAAUCCGCCUCUUUGAAGAAAUGGCUCAAAACCUGUCAUUCCCUUGUUCCUACCCUCCGUGCAUGGAAAUGUUACCGUGGAGUAAGGUGGAGCAACAUGAAGGAAAUUGUCAUUACAAGACCAUAAAGUGUCCCGUAUGUUUGGACGAGAUGUUAAUAGAUGAUCUUGGAGAACAUAUUACUGAUAAACAUAAGGAACAUGUAAAAAAAGGCUUCGAUGGGAAUGGCUGGGAAGUAAAUAGAUAUAAUAACUAUAUGUUCUUUGUCGAAGUAGACAGUCAGUACUUCUUCGUUUACAUUCGACAGUGGAAUAGAGCAGUUGUUAUGAGUACCAAAUUGAGUAAAUUCACUAAGUGCAAUGUUAAACUGAAAUUCGGUGUAGAAGAUAAUUAUGCGGUGUCUAUCGAUAAUCUACCCGUGAUUCCCUAUAAUAAUAAUAUACAUAAAAUGCAUACAAAUUCUUUCACGAACAACCUUAGUAACAGAUUUUCCGAUAUCAUCGGUAAGACCAGUCGCAACUAUCCCAUCAUCAGAUUUUACGUAACAUUAAUCGCUGACGAAUCUAUUGAUGAAAAAGGCAGAAAGGAACAGGAACAAAAUCCCGUACAGUUCAAUGUGGAGAUUAAUAGGAAAGCUCUGACAUGUCCCUACUGCGUGACAUACAUGGCAGCUCCAAUAUUCGCGUGUGUUAGUGGCCACACCAUCUGCAUGGAGUGUAAAUCUCGAUUGGAGAAAUGCCCCACAUGCCAGGCUUCUCUUGAUGGACCAAGAAAUUACACCCUGGAGGAGAUGGCCGACGACGUGGAAAUACCCUGCCAAUUCAACAUCAAUGGGUGUCCGUUG